GAUGGUCCACUUCCGUUCUGCUAAGAUGUCGGCCGCCAUAGCAGCGCUCGCUUCGUACGGCGUCUCGGACUCCGAUUCCGACUCGGAAGCGGAGGGCAGGCCCGGCCACUCGGCGGCUCCCGUCGCCGACGAGGAUGCGGUGCUGCACCUCGCCUCGUCUGCCCCGGCCCAGCAAGCGCUGCUGCCCGUCGUGGACUCGGCCCCGGCGGUGGCUGUCAAGCAUAGAUGGCUGACCUGUGACCCUGCAGGUGUUGCUCAGCUCCAGCUCCCAACAUCCCUGACUAGUUGCUGUGCUGGCUGGUGUCAAUAGAAGCUGGAGUCCAGCCGCAUCUGGAUGGCAGAAGGAAGAUGUGGAAACGGGAGUUCACCUUGACCCAACUACAAAGGAAGUUCAGUUCAACCCAACCUAUGAUACCAUGUUUGCACCUGAGUUUGGGCCGGUGAAUCCAUUUAGGACUCAGCAGAUGGCUGCACCUAGGAAUAUGCUUUCUGGAUAUACAGAACCAGCACACAUUAAUGAUUUCAUGUUUGAACAACAGAGAAGAACAUUUGCAACCUAUGGAUAUGCUUUGGAUCCCUCAAUAGAUAAUUAUGAAGUUCCUACUAAAUAUAUUGGUUCUGUUGAAGAAGCUGAAAAGAAUCAAGGUCUGACUGUGUUUGAAACAGGACAAAAGAAAACCGAGAAACGGAAGAAAUUCAAAGAGAAUGAUGCAUCUAACAUUGAUGGCUUCUUGGGACCGUGGGCAAAAUAUGUUGAUGAAAAGGAUGUUGCAAAACCUUCAGAAGAAGAACAGAGGGAACUGGAUGAAAUAACAGCAAAGAGACAAAAGAAAGGCAAACAUGAAGAUGAUAAGCCUGGAGAAGAGAAGACUAUUUUGCAUGUCAAAGACAUGUACGACUAUCAAGGGAGAUCCUAUCUUCAUGUUCCUCAGGAUGUUGGGGUUAACCUACGUUCAACAGUACCCCCUGAGAAAUGCUACCUUCCUAAGAAACAGAUCCAUGUAUGGUCUGGUCAUACAAAGGGAGUCAGCGCUGUCAGACUGUUUCCUCUUUCUGGCCACUUGCUGUUGUCUUCUUCCAUGGACUGUAAAAUUAAGCUCUGGGAAGUAUAUGGUGAACGAAGAUGCUUAAGAACUUUCAUUGGACACAGUAAAGCUGUUAGAGAUAUAUGCUUUAAUAAUGCUGGGACUCAGUUUCUCAGUGCUGCAUAUGAUCGGUAUCUUAAACUCUGGGACACGGAGACAGGACAGUGUAUUUCAAGAUUCACAAACAGGAAAGUUCCCUACUGUGUCAAAUUCAAUCCAGAUGAAGAUAAGCAAAAUCUUUUUGUAGCAGGAAUGUCAGAUAAGAAAAUUGUACAGUGGGAUAUUCGAAGUGGAGAAAUUGUUCAGGAGUAUGAUAGGCAUUUAGGUGCUGUUAACACCAUUGUUUUUGUGGAUGAGAAUAGAAGAUUUGUGAGUACAUCUGACGACAAGAGUUUAAGAGUCUGGGAAUGGGACAUACCAGUAGAUUUCAAAUACAUAGCAGAACCAAGUAUGCACUCAAUGCCAGCAGUGACUUUGUCUCCAAAUGGGAAGUGGCUGGCUUGUCAAUCGAUGGACAACCAGAUUUUGAUUUUUGGAGCGCAAAACAGAUUCAGGCUAAAUAAAAAGAAAAUAUUCAAGGGCCAUAUGGUGGCUGGGUAUGCUUGCCAAGUAGAUUUUUCACCUGACAUGAGCUAUGUUAUAUCAGGUGAUGCAGAUGGAAAACUGAACAUCUGGGACUGGAAGACAACAAAACUAUACAGUCGAUUAAAAGCCCAUGACAAAGUCUGUAUAGGUGCAGUUUGGCACCCACAUGAGACAUCCAAGGUAAUCACUUGUGGAUGGGAUGGUCUUAUUAAGCUGUGGGACUGAAGGCCAUACUGGAGAACUCUAAACUUCUCAUCACUUGGUGAACACCUGAGAUUUUGGAACACCUAUUCUGCAACAAAGAUGACCUGAUAUUAGAAUAUAAAGAUGGGUUUGCCUCAGGUAUUUCAGUAUUACAGUGCACAUAUACCAUAUGGGGAAUACAGAAGACUUCAUCUGAAAUGUUUCCAAUCUCAAACUAUUAUAAGCUGAAAGUGACCAAAUAAAGUGGUCUAAAUGGACUAUCCUUUGUAAGAUAUUUUAAAAUUAAAUUAAACUGAGGAGAUUUGUGUCUA